AUACAUAAUUUAUUAUUAUAAAACAAAAGUUGAUUUUCAUUAAAAGGCACCAAUCGAAGAGGUUAUUACCUACAAGGAAAUUCAUCGAUUGUGCUACAUAAAACGUAAAACACAUAUUUCAUUAAAAUAUUCAACUAGUAAACAUAACGAAGCCACACUACGGAACAAUAUCCAUCACAAUUCCAUUCAAUAAAAGUAAUGUUUGCACUUUUAAGUAAACUCGAGUACGUUGGAAGCCGCCCUGUUCGCGUCGCUCGCCCGUUUUCACGCAUUUCAGACUUCAGUAUAGUCGCCGACCCGCACCAGAACAGACGUCUGUGUCCACGCGUCUCGCGCGCUCAACGUAAAUUUUUAAUACCCGACCAACAUUAGGCGUAAUACGCUAAACUUAUUCCAAAUAACCAAUAGUUCUCAACCCCUGGUGGAGUGAUGUGGUAAAACAAAUGAAUGUUGAUAUUAAAUGUGAACAUCUCGUUUGCGUUUUUUGGUUGUGUUUUAUAAGUUUUUUGAAGUGAACGCGUGUAGGGACGCUCCGUCGGUCGUCCUGAAAAUUAUUUCUAGAGAAGCGGCAUGGCAUGAGCAGUGGGGUGGGCGCGACAUGCGGCGCGCGCCGCCCGCGCAACCCGCCGCCGUCGCACUCGCACUCUCGUUGCUCUUGCGUCUCGUCAACGCCGGCUCAAUGGGCCCCGGUGUGCCAGAAAACAUAACCGUGACCUUCCUCAACCCUACCACGGUGAGGGUGUCGUGGUCCACCACGGCGGACCUCGUCGAAAAGUAUGACGUCACGUACAAGCCAUCCGACGCGAGUUACAGAGUGGUGCUGGAGGUGGCUGGCAACUCUGAUGCUGUCAUCCUGAGCGGGCUGGAAGCCGACACGCAGUACCAAGUGACUGUGGCCGCGCUGUGGGGCGGUCACAAGUACAGAAGUAGGCCUAUUGUCUUCCGCACACUGGAGCCCCCACGGACUUCACCCCAGCAAGACGGCGGGUUGGUCGGUGCUACUCCCAGAUCGUCAGUCGCUCCCCCCGAUCCCUCGCCUACGUUUCCAACGAUACGAGGCGUAGAAAUUGGAAUAGUAGUUUUGGUGCUGAUCGUUUGGAUCGGCGCGAUAGCACUAUUCUUCAACCGAUGGGGCAAGAUCAGGAUGCUGCUGCCUUACCAGCCAGACUACAAACAGGAACAGUUGAAGGUGCCUGGUAGCAGUGCAUUAGCGGCUGCAGCGGCGGGAGGCACGUGCGGGGCCCAUUCCGCGCCAUCCGCGUGUUCGGUAAAUCACAUGCGAUGGUCACACACACAUACACAGAGCUUGGAGUGUGAGGAGCGUUUAUUGGCUCGCUGCAGCCGCCCUCGGGUGAACUCGGCAAUCUUCGUGUCAGCCGAACCCGCUGGUUUCCCCGGCUUUGAUGCGGGCGAGUUCUUGCGGCGACACGGGUCUCAGUCCAAACUUUGCCGAAAAGCCAGGUCAGCCGACAACAUCCCUCUAACAGCCAUGAGCGAUUCAUCAGAAAGACUCUGCAAAGGGAAGCACCGAGAGGACACGAUCAACGAAGAAGGGAAAUCCGAUGACAGUGGCAGCGUCGAGACUGUCAAACACUUCGGCCUGCCCAUCCUCUCGGUGUCAGGCCCCUCGCCUCCGGACGAGGACUACGACCAGAUUGAUGAGUAUCUGUAGCAUUUCCAUACUAGUUUCCAGCUGAAAUAUGUGCUGGAGAAAAUGCGGCCUCCUUGGCCGAGCCCCGCACAAAGUCCCUAAGCUGAUGACUAGUUACGCACUGCACCGGACUUCUAUAAACUUUUCUUUUGUGAUAGUGUGUGUUCUGAAUGAAAGUUCGAACUCUUCGACGUCCAAGAAUUUCAUAUCAUCUAAGACUAUUGGAAUUCUGAGUGUCUUGUCGAGAGAUAGCUUAGCGUGGUGUGUUUUCAUUGAUCCUAACAUUAAUAUUUUUGUAUUAUCUAAUAUCCCUAUGAGUGUUAAGGUUACGAAUAGACUUUUAAAUCACUUCGUUAGUAUAAGGACUGCACAAUAAUUCUACUAUUAAUAUAUCAGUGCCACUUUUAACUUUAUUGGAAGUGUCUAUAAACUUAUUAUAAGCAAUCUUGGUGUAAGUAAUUUCUAAAUUACGAUGUAUAAUAUCUGCAGUGUCUUAGAAAUUUUCAUUUAUAUAGUUGCUAGUUCACUACGAGUGUAAUUAUAUAAUAAUUUUUGCAUGUAACUAGGAUAUAAUGUAGUGGUAGAAUCUAUGAAACGAUUUGAAGGUUGAAUUUUGGUCCAAUGAAAUGUAUUAUCUGCACAUGGCGAGUUAGCGUGUAUAUGUUAGAGAAUCUGUGUGAUGACUUAUACAAGUUAUAACUCAUGUAGUGUGUAAUUAUAAUGUAAUUAGAAUUUUAUAUAUUAUAAAUUAGUCCUUCGUCUCCCUUUAAUUAUUUGACCUUACAAUAAUGUAAAAUACAUCUUCAUGUAGACAUUUUAUUUUACGAACACAAGUCAUAAGCUAAUAGCCAAAAUUAUAUAUUUUUUGAAUUGUCAAUUAAAUCAGAAUACCCUAUUUUGUUCCCCUUUUAAAAUUAGAAUUGUAAAUAAUUAGGAUAUUGAAGGCACUAAUUAAUCGAUACUUAGAAUUAAUGUAUCUAAACAGUUUAUGAACUAAAUGUAUGAAUCUGAAUGGGUGAUUGGGGACCAGACGGACAGAUCUGUCACAGUAGGCCUUAAAUCCGAAUCACGGAGUUUUUCCAAAUCCUAUAGGUAUCUGAAUAUUUGAAAAUACCUAUUUCAAAGCUAAGACUAUAUUAUUCCCUCCACUAUUUAUAGAUUUUAUCCUUCAUCAAUUUUAGAUAAUCGAGUGAAGCACGUACCUUAGAAUCAUUACUUUUUAUUUUGUUCGUCAUUAUUCAUUUUCUUUCGUAGAUUUUUAAUUCCAUAUACUUAAAACUGUAAUAAUAAUAAAAUAUAGUAAAGUCUUAAUCAGUUUAGAUACAACCACCACAAAAGUCUGAAAACGGACCAAUUCCGUGUGUGAAUGAAACGGGGCUUUACACUAAAUACAGCCUCUCGCUUCGACAACGGCAACAGUCUUGCUUUCAGAUAUCAUAUUAGAAGUUCAGAUCAAAACAAAAGAAUAGACUAUACUACAUUUAUAUUAUUCAGUAUGUUAAUCCUUCGGCCUAUACUUAUAAGACAAUUGUAAUUCUAAAGUCACUGUAGCGCUUCAAAUAUAUCUCCUAAACUAAUUUACAUACAUACUUAGUUAAUAUACAGCAGAAACUUCCGAAAAACAGAUAUAAUAAUCGUAAUUUUUAAAUAAUUCAUGUAGUUGUCAAUUUUAAUCCCAAUUUAUAGGAAUCACGAAAUCAUAAAAUUUCUGAUUGAUAAUUAUAAUUAAAUAGGAUAUAGGAUAGUGAUAAUUUAUCCGUUUGUAAGAGUGGGUAUGUAGCAAUUUUAAUCGGUAAGCUUGUUUUCUAUUCGAAAAACAUACAUGUAAUAGAUACUAUGGAAGUUAGUCUAAAAAUCUAUCUUAGCCCGUAAAGUAAUAUUAAUAAAAAUAUAUCUUUUUGAAUCGAUUACAUGAAUCUGAAUAUCAUAUCUCAAAUCGAUUAAUGUAACAUUAAAAAUAUUAUGUAAGUUAAAUGUACACCAAAGAUUGCUUUUCCAAUUAUUCCAAUUUAUUGUAGAAGAGAAUUGAAUAAUUUUAUCAUUAAAAAUAAAUAAUAUGUUUCGAUUCAAUCCGUGUAUGAUCAAACUUGUCUUGUGCCAAUAUUUUAUUAAAGCAUCUCAAUUUUUUUAGCUUUUAUUUAUUUUAUCACAAUUUAAAAGCUUGUCGAUUAAUGAGACGUAACACAAAUACUAUAUCUGUCGUCAUUUUCCACCUACAAAUGACAGAGAUGGAAUGUUACUUAUGAGCUAUUAAAACUGAUUGCAGUUUCAGUAUUCGCAAAAAAAUUGACGUAAAAUGAAUCAUUGUCACCGAUUAAUAAAAAAAAAACACGAAUAUAUUAUGUAACUAGGCCCAAAUAAGCCAAUUUCCUUUCGAAUUUAAAUUAAUUUGUCGAUAAUCUAAAACUAUAAGGCGUUAAAUUAAAUUUAGAUGUUACACCAUUUAAAUUAUUUUGUAAUUCGAAACGUUAGCGUAGCUUUUACAUGAUUAGAAUGCAUACUAUAUUUAGUGUUUUAAAUGAUAAUACUAAAAUUGUACAUAUCUCUGAAUGAUCACAAUUGUUAUAAUUAUAAAUGCUCAUAAUUUUAAUGUACAUUAUAAAUCUAUAAAUAUAUUGUACAACUAUUAUUUACAUCCCUACGUCUAUUUACUAUCACGAUGAAAUAAACAUUUUAAAAUCUUCUUUUGUUUUUAUUGUCUUAGCCUGUAUGUGUGACAGUACGUGGUAAUGUGCAUGUGUGCGUGUGAAUGGUUUUGAAUACCGUAAGUAGGUUCUUCCUUUUUUAGUG